AUGCAGCCUCUGAGCAAGUUGAUGGCUAUCUCAAAACCUCAAAACCUGUCUCUACAUGAACAAAGAGACUUUCUGAGAGCAGAUCUGUCUUGGCAGCAAGAAACCAUCCCUGUCAUGGAGACACAGGACUCAGAGGCAUCUCGUCAAAAGUUCAGACAUUUCCAGUAUUUGAAGGUGUCUGGACCCCAUGAAGCCCUGAGCCAACUCUGGGAGCUCUGUGUUCAAUGGCUGAGACCAGAGAUUCAUACAAAGAAGCAGAUCAUUGAACUGUUGGUGCUGGAACAAUUCCUGGCAGUCCUGCCUGAAGAAGUCAGGACUUGGGUGAAUUUACAACAUCCAAGCAACAGUAAAGAUGUGAUGACCCUCAUAGAAAAUGUGAUUGAAAUGCUUAAAGAUGAAGAUACACCCUGCAAGGACUCUGCACCCCAGAAGGGGAGCAUCAAGGAUAAAAUGAAAGCUGACUCACAAACAGGCAAACCACAGGAACCAGUGACAUUCAAAGAUGUGGUUGUGGAAUUCAGCAAGGAAGAGUGGGGGCAACUGGACUCUGCUGUAAAGAACCUGUACAGGGAUGUGAUGCUGGAAAACUUUAGGAACCUGAAUUCAUUGCAUAAAGCACAUCUACUUUCCAAACCAGUUGAGAGCCUUGAGUUGAAGAAUAAGAAGAAAAGAUGGAUAACGGAGAAAGAAAUAUCAAAGAAGACUAUUUCUGACAUGCAGAGUAUUUCUGGAGAAGAAACAUCCCAUGGAGUGUUUAUGACAAGGCUUACCAAAAGUGGACAACCUUCCUCAGAUGUCUGGAAAAAUAAGGAUUGGUUAUAUAGGAACCAGAAAAAACAGGACAUAGAUUUGCCGCAAGAAUUUCCUGAAGCAGUCUAUACUGAGGAGGAAGAUUUUGAAUGUAGUGAAAAUAAGAAAAGCUUUGAUAUUAAUUCACUUAGCUCAACUUGUGCUAUACAACAGGGAAUUCCAAAAUGUGAGGGGUCUCCAAAAUAUGGUAAGUUGAAAACUCACUUCAAAUUUAAUUUAGACUCAGUAUGUAAGCAGCAUUCAGAAAAGGAUGAAUACGGGAAUGACUUCAGCCUGAGUACAGAUAUUCAACACCAAAAAAGUCAUACUACAAUGAAUUUCUAUGAAUGUUAUCAAUGUGGGAAAGCCUUCUGCCGAAGUUCAUCCCUUAUUCGACAUCAGAUCAUUCACACAGGAGAGAAACCCUAUAAAUGCAGUGAAUGUGGAAGAUCCUUCAACCGACGUACAAAUCUUACUAAGCAUCAAAAACUUCACACUGAAGCAAAGGCCUGUACAAGCAAUAAAAGUCGAAAAGCCUUCUGUAAAAGUGAAGACAGUAAUAAUCCAACAGUCCAUUUUGGAAAUAAUUCCUAUGAAUGUGUUAACUGUGGAAAAUCCUUCAACCGGAGUUCCUCUCUUAUUCGACACCAAAUAAUUCAUACAGGAGAGAAACCAUUCAAAUGUAAGGAAUGUAAUAAAGCCUUCAACAGGAGUUCAAACCUUGUUAAACAUCAAAAGCUGCAUACUCAAGAUAAGUCCUGA